AUGGAGUGUCCUUUGCCAUUUGGGGGAAAGGUUGUCGUCUUUGGUGGGGAUUUUCGGCAAGUCCUUCCUGUUGUCACACGUGGGACAAGAGCACAGAUCACGGAUGCUACACUCCUGAGAUCCUAUUUGUGGGAGAAGACCCGCAAGAUACACCUCACGCGCAAUAUGCGGGCACAGGCUGAUCCUUGGUUCUCUGAAUACCUCCUAAGGAUCGGUAAUGGAACAGAAGAGACAAUAGGCGACGACUAUGUGCGUCUCCCUGACAACAUUGUGAUUGGCUAUACCGAUGAUGAAAAAGCUAUUAACAAGCUCACUGAAGAUGUAUUUCCAUCGCUGCAUGCUAAUGCUAGAUCAAGAGAGUACAUGAGCGCACGUGCAAUUCUAUCGACCAAGAACGAUCAUGUGGAUGACCUCAAUGACAAGAUGAUCUCUAGGUUUCCAGGCGAAGAAAAGUUAUACCAUAGCUUUGACUCAAUCGAGGAUGACUUGCAGAAUAAUUACACAAUUGAUUUUCUGAACUCGAUCACACCAAAUGGUUUGCCACCGCAUGUUUUGAGAUUAAAGGUCAACUGUCCAGUCAUUCUGCUCCGGAACCUCGACCCUCAUAAUGGUCUAUGCAACGGAACACGGCUUAUGAUUAGAGACUUCCAGGAUAAUGCAAUUGAUGCGGAGAUUGUUGGUGGUCAGCAUGCUGGAAAGAGGGUGUUCAUACCUAGGAUCCCUAUGUCGCCCUCAGAGGACAGCUCGCUUCCCUUCAAACUUAAGAGAAAGCAGUUCCCCAUCCGCCUGAGUUUUGCGAUGACAAUUAACAAGGCACAGGGUCAGACCAUCCCAAACGUCGGUAUUUACCUUCCCGAGCCUGUAUUCUCACAUGGUCAACUAUAUGUUGCAUUGUCGAGGGGAGUGUCAAGAGAGACGACACGGAUUUUGGCCAAGCCAAACAAGGAGGUUGACAAAUCCGGGAAAAGUACCAAGAACAUUGUCUACAGAGAUGUUUUAGAGAGAUGA